UCAAGUGGCGUUGUUCGCUACAUCGUUCUACCUUGUCAGUUAUACUGAUUAUACAUGAAUCGUACAUCGUGUUUCUAACGUUUUUGUACAAGUAUAUCCAUAUUUUGUAUAAGAUAAAGUUACUUAACUCCUUCGAAACGCAGUUUCAAGCCCCAUUAAACCAUACACAAUUUCCGCUCAGUGAAUAAUUUAUCGCGAGUGUUUUACGUGGUAGCACAUCAGAGCUCAAUCCUUCGACCUGCCUCGGAUAGUAGCAAGGUUACACUAUCCUUAAGGUUGUCGGUUAACAGGAAAGUGAUAGAGAAGAGAACCACGUCACUUCGAAGAAAUGAAAGACACGGCGAAUAAAAAAUACGAACAACUUUUCGACGAAAAUGAACUCGACAACGCCGCCAACAAAGAACGUAGCGAAGAUGCAACGUUAAAAGAGGAUAAAAAUCCAACACCAGAGAUGUGGUUAACAACAGCCGAAUCAGCCAGCCUUGGUGCUGAAGAAGUAGCAGCAAGGCUACAUGUUGAUGUUAGAACAGGACUUUGGUGGCAGGAAGCUGAUCAUCGAAGACAAUUAGUAGGAUAUAAUGAAUUUUGUGUUAAAGAAGAAGAACCAACAUGGAAGAAAUAUCUUGAACAGUUUAAGAAUCCCUUAAUUCUACUAUUACUUGGUUCUGCAUUUGUUAGUGUUUGUAUGAAACAAUUUGAUGAUGCUGUCAGUAUUACAGUGGCUAUCAUAAUAGUGGUAACAGUUGCAUUUGUACAGGAGUACCGCUCUGAAAAAUCUUUAGAAGAAUUAAAUAAAUUGGUGCCACCAGCUUGUCACUGCUUACGAGAGGGUCGUUUAGAAACAUUUCUCGCUCGCAAUUUAGUUCCUGGCGAUAUAGUUUAUUUAAAUAUUGGAGAUAGAGUUCCUGCAGAUAUCAGGAUAUUUGAAGCAAUAGAUUUAGCAAUUGAUGAGAGCAGUUUUACUGGAGAAACAGAACCAGCACAGAAAUCAACAGCUCCAUUACUUAAAACUAAUGGAUUGACAACAAAACGAAAUAUUGCGUUUAUGGGUACAUUAGUGCGUUGCGGAAAUGGAAAAGGUGUAGUAGUGAAUACCGGAGAAAAGAGUGAAUUUGGUGAAGUUUUCUCAAUGAUGCAAGCUGAAGAAGCUCCCAAAACGCCACUUCAAAGAAGUAUGGAUAUUUUGGGUACUCAGUUAUCCUUAUAUUCAUUUUGUAUUAUCGGGAUUAUUAUGCUUCUUGGCUGGAUCCAAGGGAAAGCGAUACUUGAAAUGUUUACCAUCGGUGUAAGUUUGGCAGUAGCAGCUAUACCAGAAGGUUUACCUAUUGUUGUAACUGUAACAUUAGCAUUGGGUGUUAUGAGAAUGGCUAAAAGAAAAGUCAUUGUAAAGAAAUUACCAACAGUUGAAACGCUCGGUUGCGUGAAUGUAAUAUGUUCUGAUAAAACUGGCACUAUUACGAAGAAUGAGAUGACCGCAACUAUCCUGGUAACGUCUGACGGAUAUAUAGCUGAUAUUACUGGUGCUGGUUACAACGAUAAGGGUGAAGUACGAAUUCGAAAAUGCGACAAUUUCGACCUUGCCCGUACCGCUAUCAGUAACAUGCUGGAAGUUGCAUGUGUUUGCAAUAACGCUAUAAUACAGGGCGAUAUUCUGCUUGGUCAACCAACGGAAGGUGCAUUGCUGGCAUUAACGUUGAAAUAUGGAAUGUACGGUGUCGCUGAUAAGUAUAUGCGAUUACAAGAAUAUCCAUUCUCAUCCGAGCAAAAGAUGAUGGCUGUGAAAUGUGCACCGAAAUACGGAGAGAAUAGGCAAGAAGUAUAUUUUAUAAAAGGUGCUGUGGAAAAGAUUUUACCUCUAUGUACCAAGUAUUAUGUUAAUGGUGAAGUAUGUGCUCUGAGUGAAAAGAAAGACGAAGAAUUUUUAGCCGAAGCUUAUGACAUCGGGCAGCAAGGAUUAAGAGUAAUUGGAUUAGCACGGGGCACAUCGUUACAAGAUCUAGCAUAUGUUGGUCUUGUGGGUAUAUGCGAUCCUCCGCGACCGCACGUACGUGAAGCUAUAACAACUCUGAUAAAUAGCGGUGUUAAAGUUAAAAUGGUUACAGGCGAUGCAAAAGAAACUGCAUCUGCGAUAGCGAGUAUGAUUGGGUUAGAUGUACUUCAUUCGCGACUUAUCUCUGGAGAUGAGAUCGACUUGAUGUCUGAACACCAAUUAGAACAAUGCAUCAGUAAUGUUAGUGUAUUUUAUCGAGUCACGCCUAAGCAUAAAUUGUGUAUCGUAAAAGCAUUGCAAAGAGAGGGAAACAUAGUAGGCAUGACUGGUGAUGGUGUAAACGAUGGAGUUGCUUUAAAGAAAGCAGAUAUUGGCAUAGCUAUGGGUAAAAAUGGUACCGACGUUUGUAAAGAAGCGGCGGAUAUGAUUUUAGUGGACGACGACUUUGGAACUAUCAUAGCUGCCAUCGAGGAAGGGAAAGGAAUUUUUCAUAAUAUACGAAAUUUUGUAAGAUUUCAAUUAAGUACUAGUAUAGCUGCUCUUUCUCUAAUUGCUCUUGCCACCUUGAUGGGAAUACCAAAUCCUCUAAAUGCAAUGCAAAUCCUUUGGAUCAACAUUAUUAUGGAUGGUCCACCCGCUCAAAGUCUUGGAGUUGAACCAGUUGAUAAGGACGUUUUGAAACAAAAACCGCGUAACACAAAAGAACCAAUGAUAACACGACAUCUAAUUGUUAAUGUAUUGUUAUCAGCUAUUAUUAUCAUUCUUGGUACUUUAUGGGUUUAUAAUAGAGAGAUGACGACUGAUGGAAGACAUACCGCACGAGACACAACCAUGACAUUUACCUGUUUUGUUUUCUUUGAUAUGUUUAAUGCUCUGAGUUGUAGAUCACAGACAAAAUCAAUAUUUACUAUUGGUUUGUGGAGUAAUAAAAUGUUCCUGGUAGCUGUAACAUUAUCAGUAAUAGGGCAGAUGUUAGUGAUCUACUUUCCGCCAUUGCAACGAGUUUUCCAAACAGAAGCUCUUUGGGCAAAGGACAUCCUGUUCCUCGUCGCGCUCACGUCAAGUGUAUUUAUAAUUAGCGAGAUAAAGAAGUUCGUUGAAAGACAACUUUACAGGCGACGAGCAGGUACACAAUAUUACAGUAAAUCAGAAAUGGAUUUUGUAUGACAGUUGCAGUCUGCCGAAGAUAAGGCGGACAAGGAUCAUAUGGAAUAAAAUAAUAACCCAA